GGAAGGCGUCACAGGUGGAAAGUGUGCUUUCCCAUCAAAAGCUUUGGUCAGCUAUCUCCAAUGGCGAAACCGCACUGGAAUAUACCUCUAUGACUCAGUGGAGAAGCUUUCCAAGUCACAGGCUAAAUUUUUCUCCUCACACUUUCAUCACCUCAUCAUCAACUUUCUCCCUUCAGGUAUCAUCACAACCGUGACUAAUCCUGGUCACUCACAAAUUGACUUUAUUCCGAUAAGUCAAGCCUGAUCAAUUCAAAACCACCGAAUUCAGUCACAAUGUCUGCUUUGACGGAAAUCUCGCUCCCAAGCUUUCAAAAGAUUGCUUCGGGCAAAGUGCGCGACCUGUUCGAGCUGCCAGACAAGAACACCCUUCUCUUUGUGGCCUCCGACCGUGUCUCUGCGUACGAUGCUGUUCUGAAGAACCCAAUCCCUGACAAGGGCAAGAUUUUGACCCUCGUCUCAGCUCACUGGUUCAAAGUUUUAACAGAGCGCAUUCCUGGCCUCCGCACCCAUUUCAUCAGUCUCGAUAUUCCCGAGGGUGUUACUCCUGAAGAGGCAAAGAUCAUCAAGGACCGUUCGAUGGUCGUGAAGAAGCUUUCUGUCAUCAAGAUCGAAUCAAUUGUACGAGGUUACCUGACCGGCUCAGCUUUCAAGGAGUACAAGCAGAAGGGAACAGUUCAUGGCAUCCCCGUCGAGCCUGGUAUGGAAGAAGCCCAAAAGUUCAAGCAGCCUCUCUGGACUCCAAGCACCAAGGCUGAUGCUGGAGAACACGACGAGAACAUCCACCCUGAUGACGCUUGGAAGGAGGUUGGUGAUCGUGAGACUGCAGACCGCGUGAAGGAACUUUCCCUCAAGAUAUACGAGGAGGCCGCCAAGUAUGCCGAAGAGCGAGGCAUUCUCUUGGCUGACACCAAGUUUGAAUUUGCCAAGGAUGGAGAGGGAAACAUCUACCUCGUCGAUGAAGUUCUGACCCCUGACUCUUCUCGAUUCUGGCCAGCAGCCGGCUACAUGCCUGGCCGCGACCAGGACAGUUUUGACAAGCAGUUCAUCCGCAACUGGCUCACUAAGGAAGGACUCAAGGGCAAGGAGGGCGUGGAGCUACCCCAGGACAUCGUUCAGGCUACAGCAGACCGCUACCGAGAGGCCUUCCUCAUGUUGACUGGUAAGAAGUUCGAGGAUGCUGUUGGCCAGUAGGUGGCAGAUACAAAAGUGUAUCAAGAUAAGCUAUCAAAUUAUCAUCACUCGGACUGAGGUUUGAUUUCUAGCGUGAUAUCAAAGCUACAGCCACUUACAUUCGUACUUAUGAUGGCUGGCUGUUUUCUACCUCUAUCUUUGAAAUUUCUGACACUUGUUUGAAUUUGCCCGUCAUAAAUUUGAUUAACCUUUUCC